CCCAAUGAGGGACGGUCGGUCCUCGCCUAAGAAGCGAAGGUUAAUGGUUUUCAGGCACUCAGUCAGCUUGGUCGGCCGGUGGCUCAGUUCGUCGAAAAGUUUCAAAAGACGUUGUCAUGGCCUGGGUUCCGGCUUUCAUAGUGGUCCUGGUGUUAAAUUACUCAAAUGAGUUUGCGGUGGCAAAUAGUUUGCACAAAACCCCUCCAAUGGGAUUCAGCUCUUGGAACACCUUUUACGCGGAGAAUAACGAGCAAAAAAUGAUGGAAGUCGCGCAAGCUAUCAAAAGACUCAAUCUAGACAAAUAUGGAUACAUUUACUUAACUAUCGAUGACUUUUGGCAGACUCGGGAACGAGAUCAAAGGGGAUUUCUUCAAACUAAUGUUACCAGAUUUCCACAAGGAAUGAGAUUCCUCUCCAACUAUGUACACAAGUUAGGAUUGAAGUUCGGCCUUUAUUCUAACGCUGGAUAUCGAACCUGUGGGGGCAUGGCAGGUUCUUUGGGUUUUGAAGAGAACGAUGUCAAAUUGUUUUUGGAUUAUGACAUCGACUACCUCAAAUACGACAACUGUUAUCCCAAGGAUGCAGCGCAUAAACACCAUAUGGAUUAUGAUAAAAGUCUUCUUCAUCUCCCGAGCUACUACCAAGACCCUCCCGAACGACCCCGAUUUGAGAUCAUGUCCAGGGCAAUUCAGGCAGUCAGUGCUGUGAAAAAUAUUACCAUGGAGCUUUGCCUUUACGGUUGGGGCAAUGUAGAGAAAUGGGGUCCAAACAGUGCCCAAAUCUGGCGAACAUCAGGUGACAUUAGCGACAACUGGAACUCUGUCCUCCGUAAUCUGGACCGAAACGAUGAGGAGCGAUUUGUCCAUCACCAAGGACCUACUUUAGGCUGGAACUACCCAGAUGCGUUAUUCGUUGGGAAAGGUGGUAUGACCGAUAUUGAAUACAAAACGAUGUUUUCAAUGUGGUGUAUCGUCAAAUCUCCUUUAAUGUUAGGAUCGGAUAUUCGUGGACUCAAGAAAUCUAGCCCCGCUUACAAGAUUUUAACCAACACAGAGUUGUUGGACAUCAAUCAAGAUUCACUUGGAAAUCAGGCUACCUGUGUCAAAAAUUGCUGUUCACGAGGUGUUAUGGGAGGGAUAGAUUCGGAGAAAACCUGCCCAUGGUUCAAAAGUUCCUUUCAAAUUUGGAAAGGUCGUCUUUCACGAAAUUCAUUUGUGGUGGCAAUCAUAAACAGAUUUGAUCAACGACAAACGAUUGACUUUUUGUGGAUGGAUGAUGUUUACUUGACGAAAGGUCAAACAUUUAGUAUUCGAGAUCUUUGGAAACACACCAAUCUGCCCAGUUUUCAAGUGAACGAGACAGCAAGUUUUUCCAAAACCCUUGAACCCCAUGAUUGUGCCAUUUUCAAACUGAUACCGUCCGUUUGAUGAUCAGACCACAGCUUCGAUUUACGUAUUUUGCAGAUCAGAUAGACGCACAUUGACCUAAGAAGCUGAAUUGAUGAAAUUGCAUAGUCCUUUGAUAAAAACAAAGCUAAUUUGUUUAUGUUAAAUCUAUAUUCAAAUGACGUGUUGUUGACCU